CUGAUUCUGAGCUUCAUGGCCACUGAUCGAACUGUGGGUGGGUGACACACACACUCCGAGUUGUGGUGCCAGUUUAAGCGGAGUCUUCACAAAAUCAGUGGAAUCCACACAGAGUUGCAAGUGAAGUGCAAGGCAAUGACAACCGGAAGCUCAAUUCGCUGAAAUGAGAAUUGGGUCGAAUGCCGACAGCAUUCAUGUCUCUCAAGCUGAAAUUUACGGUGAAGUUCCAGUUUGUUAACUGUUUCUGAAGAUCUUACCUAACCUAACUGAUUCUCUACAGUCUGUUUUUUUUCUGUGUCAUGGGUCAUGACUCCAUUUCAACUUGGCAGCGCAGCGUGCUUUGAUCGCCCUUGAAACUCAGCCCAAGUAUUAGGUGCCUCGUUGGAUAGUUAGACGAUUGAGGACUUCGGGAAUGAUCAGGCAUUGCUCCAUUUCUUUUUCUCUUUGUUUCCAGUUUUGUUGAAGGGAAGGGUUGGACGUCUGUCUCAGUAGAGUAUGGUACAGUGGAUGUUGUGAUGUGCGCUACCGAAGUUGUUCCGACUGUGUUUGUGUGUAUACUUUGGUUAAGUGAGGAUAAGUUGUGGGAAAGCUUGAGACCGAUGACCUGGUUUGGAGCGAGUUUGGGGUAAUUUGUAUUGUAGAGCUGGAGGAGAUAAGGGGUGUGGGGGUCAAUGCAUUCGCAAUUAAGUUCUCGAAUUCGUUUCGUGUCACUGGAGAGUGGAAUGCUCUAUAAGGACGCUUUUGGAGGGAGAGAUUGAGAAUGAGUGCGCGCAUUGUUGGUGACGACGGGUUGUUUUCAGAGUCCGUUUUUCUUCUAUGUUGUAAUUGUGGAUGCGAUCAAUUACAUUCCUGAGACACAUUUGAAUGAUGUUUAUUUUAUCUGAGUCAUGCGUGAGUGACGAGGAAGAAAUUUGAUCAGAUGUGGGUGAUUGAAUACUGAACACUCGGAAUGAUAAGAAAAGGGAUAUAGUGUGGGGUAUGUGCUGGGAGUUGAAGCAAAGCUGUGAGUGAGGUGUAACAUGAGCGGGCGGUAGAGGUCUGAGUGUGGUUGGAAGAGGAUGUACGUAAAAUUAAAAAAAAUGAAGAAAAAGGACAUCUGAGUACGAUCACGGUGAAUUGAUUGGAUUAUCUGGUUUUAGAAACAUCCUGAUGCCAGGCGGAGGUUAUCUUGGAGGAAAAAAGAUGGGAGUUCCGGAACAACGAAUAAGACCAGAAGGAGGGCAUUGCAUUUCUGACUUGAGGAAACUUGUGGAACCAGCUGACAGUUUUAAGGAUAGGUAAAUAAAUUAUGCUGGGUCUUAGAUGCAGAGAUUGAGAGCUAGAAUAGACUAUUUCUCUUCAUUGCGCCUCAGCUACAGAGAUUGUAGUGGAACUUGUUCGAUCCUAGGGUUCAGGAUGAAACGGUGGCCAAAUAUGUCGACUACCUCUAGUAGAUUGGAGCAGGAGAGAAACAAACGACAGCAGUACCUGCAGCGAAAAGUGCAGGAAACCCUUUGUCUUGCACCGCCCAAACUAGCCACCGAGAAGGUAUGCGUGCACGGGACAUUCGCACUAAAUCCGGAGGAACAAAAAUUGUCAGCCCGCGAUUAUCAGGACAAGUUGCGGACUAACCGAAUUCUGCAGGUUCGAGCUCAAGAAAUGCUUUUCGCUUCGCAACGUGUUGCGAAGUUUCGAGACCGUAAAACGAAAGGCAGCAAUAUGCUUAUAAAUCAUCUCAAGGAGGCUUGGGAUAAAGAUCAGAAGCGGCGCGUUGCUAGUUUGGAGGAAGAAUUUGCAAAUGCGUGCCAGAGCAUUGGGCUUAGCCAUGAUGCGGCACAGUUAGUUGAGCGCAACAGGGUAUAACUUUCUCUCACCCCUCAGACCUGUCUUUGCAACAUUUAUCGUGAAUACUAGACAUAGUGGAGUGUGAGUUGUGCAACAUGUCUGGAUUGUGUGAGCUUGUACGAAUUUUAUGGAGUAUUUUAUCUUACAGCUCUCCAUGAAAUAUGCACCUGUACAUGGAAUUGAUGUAUAAAAUAUACGAGGCAAGAUGCUUCUUGGGUUUGCAGAUAGCAAAGGAAGCGUUGUUGACGAGACAGGCAGAGGAGAGCCGGUGUUGGGACGUCCUCCGGUUUGAGGAGGCCAUGGCUAAGGAACGAGAGCAAAAAGAAUUGAGAGAGAGAGGGGAGAAUGCUUCAGCACUGUGGAGAAAGAUUACGGAGAGUGUAUCCAGCAUUGAACGCAGUUUUGCCCGCCGCUGCAAUCAAGAGGCAAAGCCAAGACCGAAUUCCCAGGAAAAACAUAUAUAUGGUUGCUUUCAGGCGGUGAAUCCAGUAUCAAACCAUGAUACAUCACGAGAAAAGGUUUUUAGCAGACUUGCGGGGACUCCCAUCGACUUUAAGGACACGUAUCUGCAUUCUCGAUUUGAUGCCCUCCAGAAUCGUACGAAUCAGAUGUCUUCUGCAGUGGUCGAUUGCCCUGAGCAGGAAGAGAUUGAUGCAUGGCGUGCAGCGGACGAACAUCGGGAAAGGAGCAGGUGUGAAAGAUCACGCCGAAUUGAGCUUGAAAGACUCUACCACGAGCGGAAGCUUGAAAGGGGUAGCGCAGCAGCUGCCAAGCUAUUGAGUGAUCAGAGAAUUGCAACGAUGGAGCAAGAAGUAGAGGAAUCUUUCAGAGCAGAAGACCAUGGGAAAGACCGCUUCCAUGCUGUUGCUAAUCCAGGAUCAUGCAAGCGAGCAAGCAUAUCUGGACAAGAAAGACCUGCUAUUUGUACAAAGCACAAGACCUCGAAUCCUCUCUCGUGUCCAGGUAAAUUCACUACAAACGUUUGUCAGAUCAUGUACUUGUUGAUGAGAAUCAAUGUGUAACAAAUUCAAGGUCGACGAUUUAAAACUAGUGGUUCUGAAGUUCUGGUUUAAGUGUUGAAACCAUGGGUAACUGCAAUACAUCUCGUUGUAUCCAAAUGAUAUGGUUGAAUCGAGUCGUUGGACAAUGACCUGCACAAUGAUGCGAUCAAACUAAUAAUAUGUAAAGAACCUCACCUGUGCAACCUCAUCGGCGUUUCACAAUUUGUACUUAAAAUAACUACAAACCUAAGCUACUCGACGAAUUUCCACACGUCGGUCUCCAAUGGAAAGGGAAAUUCUAGUACAAAAAUUCAAGGAAUACUCUACUGUAGCCCACUCUACUCUGGACUUUACAAAGCAGGUAUGGUAGAUUUUUCUAGAGUCUAAAGAGUGCAUUAAAGUUCCGACUUGGAACGAUGCAUCAACCAUACUCUCACCAAGAGCCAGAAUAAUGUUAUUGAAUGGUGAAAUGUAAUAAAAUUUUAGAAAAAGGCACACCAUUAGGUGCAUCAGAUUAUUUACACUGGCCCGUCGGGACUGUAUCAUGAGAAUCUGCGUGGUUUUCAACCCCUGUCAUCCAGUAGAUCACGUCUCCUGUUGCUAGGUGGAGGGGAAGUCUCAACUUUUCUGCAACUCUAUUUCCGCCUUGGGGAAGUAAUAGGAACCAUGGAAAGAAAGCACUUCAUAUCACAAUGCAGUAUUCAAUUUCUACGAGGAACUUGUAGUAGGUAAGAUACACGAAUCCACAUCUUUCCUGAGUCACCAACGCAGACUAUCUUAAAAGAGAUGAAAAUGCAUUACAGACUAGAAUGAUAGGGCGGUCCUACUCCUUGAAUUGGGUAAAACUUUAAGUGGCCAUCGCAGAUCUUAAC